AUGUCCCACGAUGGCAGUCCACUAAAAGCAUCAGAAGUGCCACUUGUAGAUGAGCUCUUUGACACAGUUGAGUCUCCAGGUCCAGAAGUCAACCAUGAAGUACACCCCCAAGUGAAUUUUAUUCUUGACCACACUGCGUUCACAAAAGGAAUAGGAAACAUCAAACGGUGGUUUAAUCCGGAAUACGUCAAAACCGAGUGUUCACAGCAGAAACCACGUCUCAAUUUGUUCAUUCCUACGUACACUUUGCACGAAUUUGACUACGUGAAGCGUGGGUUGACAAUGACAGCGAGUAAUGCUCGAGAAGCGAUUGAUUUUAUCGACAAAUUAUCUGAAGGAGUUGAAAAUCCACCAUUGGAAUACGACAUUCAGUUGGAAGAUGAAGCUCACUCCUCAAUUUCGUGGGAAGCUUGUCAAAAAUACCAGGCUCACCACCCGGUUAUUGGAGAGUUUCCCAAUUACCAAACGCAAUUUCGGUCCUCGAAAUAUGGAAGGUCUCGACCCGACCACGAGAGCAUUUCGUACGAGAACUCAGAGUCGUACCAGAGCGCAGCUGCACAUGCCAAUGAGCCAGCUCAGAUGCCACCUCGACUUCGUUACAUCAUCAGACCAUGUAUCAAGAUGAUGUUCCAAAGUCCCCAACAAAAGAGCAAAUGGACACUAGUAACGGAGGAUGCCAUCACGAAAAUAUGGGCCAGUAGCUUUGGUAUCAACUGUAUGAACAUCACCGAGGCCGAACUCCUUCUUUUCAAAGCAUAUGACGUGAACAACCUCAGACAGUACGAUCCUAAUCGCACAAUUUUCGAUCAAAAUGGUCCCAACAGCAUUCUCCAAGAAACAGUCGAUACCUCUUCCUAUCCCUACCAGCCUACAGAGACCAGUAUGCCCAAAAAAGCAGCAAAAGCCAACAAGCACAAACCUCACCGUGGGAACUCUAAAGUUAACGCAGUCGUGAGAAAUGAACGAGGAAUUCAAAAAGAGCAAUUUGACAAAAUCAACCAUGCUCCUCGUGGCUCCGGAACACUAUGGACCCCGGGAAGUAGAUAG